CAGAAAUAGAGUCAGUCAUACAUUAAAGUGUCCCACAAUGGAUUGAUGCUGCAGUUUUGACAAGGAUCACAUGACCUCAUAUUGUUUCAGCCGGUAAUUUCACUGUUCCACAUCAAUCUCAGUAACAACAGGCUAAUGGGACAGCUAAGGCCAUGUGGCUUUAAGUACAACAAGCUUUCAAAACUCACAUGGACACUUUCAUGGCAGGAAGAGGCCUAAAUAAAAUGCUUAUCUGUCUCUGCAGGCUGUGGGCUGUGUUCUCUCAGUGCCUUUGACUCCACGCCGAAGCUUUGUUUUUGUACAAGAGUUAUGGGCACAACACAAAGCUGACCUGUCAAGAAGAUCUCAGAGGUAAUCCUACAGUGUUUUUUAUCAUUUAGUUUGGUGACGUCAGUGCCCUUUAAAAACAUGCUGUUACUGCAGCGGGUGCACUCCCAGACAUGGACACAACCACUUUGCCUGUACUCACUUUGAUGCUUCUCUUACUCAGCAGAAGUUAUUCUGCUGAGGAACAUGCAGAGGGUCUACCCUGCCCAGAAUAUCAGCAAGGAUUGGAUGACUCUUGUUAUGAAUUUGUUGGUCUGCAGCGACCCUUUCUCAGUGCCCAGGGCUGGUGUGAGAAAGGUGGAGGGCACCUUGCUUUUAUCCUGAAUGAUGAAACGCAGCAGUUUCUUCAGAGGCACUUGAAGCCAGAGAUGGACUGGUGGCUCGGGUUGGCGCCCGCCUCUCCAAAUCUCACACUCGACUCUGCUACUGAUGGUGCUCUUGCGUGGUUGGAUGGCUCAGAUGUCAGCUAUAGUAACUGGAUGAGCUUGCCAGAUACAGAAGCAGGCUGCGGACACGUCCUGAGAAAUUCAGGCUUUCAGUGGGAAGCUACAAAGAACUGUAGCCAAGAAUUCUAUUUCAUAUGCCAGUUUGAUUCUACAAGAUCUAUUGCAUGUGGUGACCAAAAUGUCACACUGCAGUGUGGUUCUGGAGACAUUAUAGAGAUAGAUGACAGCUUCUAUGGCCGCAAAACAAUUCACUACUGCCGAUCCAGGCUUACUGCUUCCCCCACAGCCCCCCAGGAGGAGUGCAGCUGGAUAGACGUCAUGGAUUCAGUCACAGCGCAUUGUCGUGGACGGCAAGCUUGCCAGGCUGGAGUGGACACAAGCUCUUUCAGUGAACCUUGCCCUGCACUGGGAAGUUACCUGUCUGUGGAGUAUCACUGCAAGCAUGGUCUCCAAAUGCUGAUAAGGAAGCUGGCGGCUGUCUUUGAUAAUAUCACCAUCACUAUGAAAUGGCUCCUUCACCCCUUUCAAGGAAACCUUACAUGCACAGUGAACGCAGGAGACGGACACACCAUAGAUUCAUACAGCCCAGAGAAGUUGGAGAGCACUGUGAUGCAUAAAUUCAAUUCGCCUGGUGUUUUUGUGGUUGAAGUGGAGUGCAACACCAGCGACUGGCAUGUAAAAGCCCAGAAAGCUAUAACCAUUCAGGAGCCUGUUGGAGAGUUUGGUGACAUCAAGUGCUACAGUGGGAACAUAUCAACAGGUAGCACUAAAUGCUAUGCACUUCAUGGCAGGCCUCUUCACAUCCAGGUUGCCUUAGAAACAGGUACAAACGUCACCUACAUGGUUCAUCAUGGUGGCAAUCUGAUUGGAAACGGUUCAGCAGACAGAGGGAUGGCAUCGUACAAUAUUACUGUGAUGAAAAGUGCGGUGGAGCGGCUCGGAAAUGGCUGCAGCGACCUGACUCUGACUGCGUCUAAUGAGGUCACAUCACACAGAGUUUCCUCUGAGCUGCGGCUGUGCCUGCAGGAGCCCGUUGAAGGCCUGCAGGCCUCAGUAAUAGCACAGGAAGACGAGUGUCCAGACUCCACUGAUCUCAUCAUUAGUGUCUCCCUGGAGCAUGGUACUCCUGUGCAGCUCAUCUUUUCUUUCUCUGGACUUAAUGACACUCUGUCGGAGACAAGGGAAAUGCCCAAUGGGAGUUUACAAACUUAUACUUUCUCCUCUCCAGUUAGAGGAUUUUUUGGUAUGAAAAUACAAGCGAUCAACAAUGUCUCUGCUUCUGAUGUGACUGUGGACUUGCAGAACAUUCUGCAGGUUUGCCAGAACAACUCAAACUUUUCAUCAGAGAAACGUCGAAAUGCAACAGGUAAUAUGAAAGGGCCUCAUAAUUUGACAGUCAUUGCUACUCCAGACACUUUGGUUGAUUACACACAGACUGUCACACUGGGGCUGACUGAAACUGAAUCAUUACCCAGCAAAGGAAUCACAUUUGAAUGGGAGUGUAUUGGAAACUGCAAAUGCAACAACAAAACAAAGGAUGAAACCCAUGUCAUUGAGAAAGACUGUCUUCCAAAUCCAUUUGAAGUAAUCACCUACAGGUUAAGUGUGAUGAAAGCAGCAUGGUUUAGAAAAUGGACUGACCUUGCUUCAGCUUCUACGUGCAUCACUGUUAAUCCAAAACAAUUUACAGAUGUCGCCAUCAGCUGUGACAAUUGCCCAUUGUUCAAUAUAAACAGUGAUGCCAAACUACGGUUAACCUGUGAGACAGCUUGUCCAGAAGUAGUUUGGUACAUUGAGGAUCCCAAACCUGUGAGGGGUGAUCUUGAAAACUGUUACAACAAAAUAGGACAACAGCCACUCAUUGAUAAUCAGGAUGGCAACACUGAAUAUGUUGUACAUAGUCAACGUCUGAAAGAUUCAAGGGAUUUUUCACACAACAUCAGUGUGAUUGUUUAUGGUAAAAAGGAGCCAGGCUUUGCCAAAUACACUAUUCUGGCACCAGGUGCAGAGCCAAAUGAAGAGACCCCUGCGACCCCGAGGGGCCUCUCAUGUAGUGUCUCUCCACAGUCGGGAACUGUUCUCGAUGCUUUUGACAUCAGCUGUGAAACAAGUUCUUUCUGCUCUGCGGGAUGUUUUUACUGCUUCAGGACAGAUGAUGGCAAACCUCUGCGCUGCAGUAGUGCAAAUGAAGUGAAAUCUGUCUUCCUGCCUCUUGGAGAUAAGAACAACAAUUACAGUGUGUCUGUUGUGGUAACCGUGAAAAAUGAAUAUGAGAUCAUUACCACAACCGUCAACACACAGGUUCGGAAAAGUGACUCCAGCCCCUCUGUGGAGGCUCUCCAGUCUGCAGUGGACGAUACUGUGACACAGUUGGAACACCAAGGUCUGCUGUCUGGUGAAGCACUGGGACAAAUAUUUACUUCUGUGUCUGACAUGCUGAACACAGAGUCUGGAGAAGAUCAGAAGGAGGCAAAGACAAAGCUAAGAGAGCAGAUGCUGACCAAAAUGGCCACAGUUCUCCUGAAUUCCCCCAGUAACACGACUCAGGAAGUCCAAAUGACCGCUGGUGCAGUAGCUGGACUCACCCAGUGCCAUGAUGAGCUUAGUCCAUUUGCACAAGAAGAAGCCAGCUCACUAUUAGUAGACCUCAGCUCUUCCCUCCACUCUAUCAGUGUCAACCAGGACCGUGGAGAUGAUGAAGAAGUUGUCCACGCUGCCACGCCAAUAGUAACAGCAGCCAGUAAUAUUCUGAAUGUUUCAUCAAAUAAAAAGGUCUCAGACUUUCUUUUCACUGGAAUAAACAAUGUUCAGAGUGCUUUGUUGAAUGGAAGAGCAAUGAAUGGAGAUCCUGCUAUCAUUGACUCCGGACAGAUCAGUGUGUAUGUCAACAGAGUGUCUCCAGAAAGCAUGCAAAUGCAGACCAUAAAUGUCAAGAAGAACAGCUCCUGCAGAUUUUCCUUCCCUGUGCUCCCCACUGAUGUCCUUUCUCCAGAGGAGCCAGUGGAUGUGAGAAUGAUGAGUUUUGAGAAGAAUCCGUAUUCUUGGAACAAAGACAUGAUUACGGGAACUGUAGGAUCUGUAUCUCUCACCAGAAUGAAUGGCUCAGUCAUUCCUGUGGAGAACCUGCCCAGUGAGAUUGAGAUUCUCUUACCAAGGCCUGAUAUAGAGCAGCAGAACUCUACAGUUCUGGACCUGGCCAAUUUCAGCACAUUAAUAAUUGACAUUCCCUCACCUGAUGUAACACUGGUACUGAAACUGGAACCAUCUGAGGAUAUUUCCUUCACACUAUUCCUGGGAUAUAAGGAUUAUCCAAGUGAUAAAAACUAUGUAGCCAAGACGACAGUACCUCGGGAGAAUUCCAACAAAGAUGAACAGUACACCUGGGUGCUAGCUCCCAAAGAUAGAACAGGAGAUGUCGGCGGGCACUACCUUGUUAUAAAACCAAUUGUUGAAUCAGGUGUUAAAUCCAUCAACGCAACCGUAUCGGUCAUUUCCUUCGCCGCCCAGUGCAAGUACUGGAGUGAAAUGAAGUCUUCUUGGAGUGAAGAUGGCUGCAGGGUCGGCCCUCUCAGUACACCACUGCUGACGCAGUGUCUCUGCAACCACUUAACUUUCUUUGGGAGCACUUUCUUUGUCAUGCCCAACUUGGUUGACGUGUCACGCACUGCAGAACUUUUUGCCACUUUCACAAACAAUCCUGUGGUGGUGUGUUUUGUUGGAGCCGUCUUUGCGGCUUACCUUCUGGUGGUUGUAUGGGCACGCAGGAAAGACAUCCAGGACUCAGCUAAGGUCAAGAUAACAGUGCUUGGGGAUAAUGAUCCACUGGCUGAGUAUCGCUAUAUGUUGAACAUUAGCACAGGGCAUCGCCAUGGUGCAGCGACGUCCUCUCAGGUGACAAUAACGCUGAUGGGUACAGAAGGAGAAAGUGAGCCACAUCAUUUGACAGACCCAGAGAAGCUGAUGUUUGAAAGAGGUGGGGUGGACAUAUUCCUACUGACCACACAUUUUUCCCUUGGAGAGCUGCAGAGCAUCAGAUUGUGGCACGACAACUCAGGGAAACACCCUGCAUGGUAUGUCAACAAAGUAAUGGUGCAAGAUCUGGAGAGCGGUCAAAAAUGGCACUUUCUGUGUAAUUCCUGGCUCGCCGUGGAUGUGGGAGAAUGCACUCUUGAUAAGGUUUUUCCAGUUGCAACAGAAAUAGAUUUGAAGACAUUUAGUAAUCUUUUUUUCAUGAAGACAGCUAAAGAUUUCAGAGAUGGCCACAUCUGGUUCUCUGUCAUCAGCCGGCCUCCAUGCAGCACCUUCACACGUGUGCAGCGAGUUUCAUGCUGUUUUUCACUGCUGCUGUGUACCAUGCUGACAAGCAUCAUGUUUUGGGGAAUCCCUACAGACCCCUCUGAGCAGACCAUGGAUCUGGGUCAUAUCGAGUUCACCUGGCAACAGAUUAUGAUUGGAAUUCAAAGUUCAGUCAUCAUGUUUCCUAUCAAUCUCCUCAUUGUGAGUAUCUUCAGAAACACUCGUCCUCAAGAGAAGGCUGUCAGUCCCAAUGCAUCGAAGCAAGGGAAGUCUGUUCGAGUGUCUCCCUCGCAGGCCUCGUCCCCUCAGAAACAACUGAAGGACAUUACACCAGAUACUGUGCUCAAGGACAUCAAGAGAAUUGCUCAGUCACUGUCAAAGGCCAUGAGACACCCACUGGAUAUCCGGCCAGGUCACCAGGCUGAUAUUAACACUCUGCUGUCACUGGUGGAGGACAUCAUCAGACAACAAAACCGGGGAGACUUCUACACAGACAUCAGCAAAAAAGAACACUCCAUGAUCCUCACUUUAGGUGCAGUCAAUCUGCAAGAAAACAGUGUGUGGGGAAGCCCUGAGAGAACUUCAGAUGAGGUUCGGAAGAGAAGUAGCAACAGUCGGUAUCUGUACAGACAGCUGCAUCAUGUGGAGAAAGAGUUGGGUUUGCUGGGACCAUCCAGAUUUCCUAGCCCAGAUAGCUACAACCGAGCUAUGCAGCAAGUACACGGAAUGAAGGGUCUUCUCGAAAACCACCUCUUGACAUCCAGACAAGAAGGAGAAGAGCUAGACUGCACUUCCAGUUUAGAAGAGAGCAUCAGUGGAGAAACUUACAAGAAAGGAGGGCUUCCAUGGUGGUUUGUCUUUGUUGGAUGGACGCUGGUGAUUGCAACCAGUGGCGUUUCAGGAUACUUCACCAUGAUGUAUGGGCUGACAUAUGGCAAAGAGCGUUCUGUAAGCUGGCUUAUCUCCAUGGUAGUCUCCUUCUUCGAGAGUCUCUUUAUCACUCAGCCUCUCAAGGUUCUUGGUUUUGCUGCAUUCUUUGCUCUGGUUUUAAAAAAUGUGGACCAAGAGGAAUACGGAGAACCGCAGAUACCCCCCAGCCUCAGACACUCGGAUGAUCCCGAUGCAGUCCAAGCAGCCAGGAGGGACAGCUCAUGUAGUUUCUAUCAGCCACCGCCUCCCACCGACAUAGAGAGGAUAAGAAACAACAUGAUUAAAGAGCAGAAGGUCUUUGCCCUCAUCAGAGAGAUUAUUGCGUACAUGGGAUUCAUGUGGAUGUUGCUCCUGGUGGCAUAUGGCCAGAGAGACCCAAAUGCUUUUUUCUUGACCCAACAUAUUCGUCAGAGCUUCAGCAAAGGGAUUUCAGACAGCAUGACCAUUCAAGAUGUAUUCUCCUGGGCAAACACAACUCUGCUGAGCAGCCUCUUCGGAGAACACCCAGGAUUCAUCACUGAUGGAAACUCCAAGCUUGUGGGUAACGCUCAUCUUCGUCAGCUGAGGGUGCAGAGAAAGUCUUGCAGCAUUGCACGGUCCAUGCAGCAGUCUGUACCAGACUGUCAUGCUACGUACUCAUGGGAGGUGGAGGACACGGGCACCUACGGUGUUGGCUGGAGUGCUUCUGUGGGCAAUAGAAGCACACAGAACCCUCACAGUGCAUGGAUGUACCAGUCCCAGGCCAAACUCAAGUCUUAUCCCAUCUGGGGCAGUGUGGUCCUCUACAGAGGAGGUGGUUUUGUUGUUGAUCUGGGGCCAGAUUUACAAAAUUCCAGCAGAGCUCUUCAGUACCUAUAUGAUAACACCUGGCUUGACAUGUACACUCAAGCACUCUUCGUUGAGUUCACAGUAUAUAAUGCCAACGUCAACCUUUUCUGCAUAGUGACACUUCUGCUUGAGACCACAGCUGUUGGAGCCUUCCAAUUCCGCAGUGAGAUUCAAAAUGUGCGACUUUACCAAUCAACUGGUGGUCUUCACAUCUUUGUUGUGGCCUCGGAAGCUAUCUACUUCCUCUUCAUUAUCUAUUAUAUGUUUGUUCAGGGAAAGCUCAUGAAACAGCAGAGAUGGGCCUAUUUCAAGAGUAAAUGGAACCUGCUGGAGCUGACCAUCAUCAUCCUAAGCUGGAGCGCACUGUCUGUCUUCAUCAAAAGGACUUUUCUGGGGAUGCGGGACAUGGCCUACUACCAGAGUAACAAAGACCGAUAUGCCAGUUUCCAUGAAACAGCCCGUGCAGAUGCUGUACUGGGGUAUCUGAUAGCCUUCCUUGUGCUGCUGGCUACAGUCAAACUGUGGCACCUGCUGAGACUGAACCCUAAACUGCAUAUGAUCACAGCUACACUGCGUCGAGCAUGGACAGAUAUUUCAGGCUUCCUGGUGGUCAUGACCAUCAUGUUCCUGGCCUACUCCAUUGCUUCUAACCUGAUGUAUGGGUGGAAGUUGUACUCCUAUCGGACUCUGCUGGAUGCUGCUCAGACUAUGAUCAGCUUGCAGCUUGGCAUUUUUAACUACGAAGAGGUUCUAAACUACAAUCCAGUACUUGGUGCUUUCCUCAUUGGGUCUUGCAUUAUCUUCAUGACCUUUGUGGUACUGAACCUCUUCAUUUCUGUCAUCCUGGUGGCAUUCAGUCAAGAGCAGAUACAUCACAAGCCAUCAGAAGAAGAUGAAAUUGUGGACCUGAUGCUGAUGAAACUCUGCUGUUUGUUUGGGAUCAAAUGUAAAAAUCAAGGUGGCAACAGUCUCAGUGAGAAAACAGCUGCUUCCAGUAAUGGACUGAUUUCUCCUGGAAAUAUUAAUGAUGGUUAAUAUGUUCAUGUUAUGUGUUAUUAUGCUGUACUACAGUCAAGUAUAACAAUAAUAAGUACAUUAAUACUUGUGCUUUGUUUGUCAUGGGUGACUUAAAUGUUUUUGUGAGUCCUUAUUAGUCUAUAUAAAUGACUAUUCACAUUUCAUGUAGGAGAUAAUAAUUGCUGCACAGAGGAA